AUUUUUAUUUACUAUCUCAAACUUAUCUCAUUUCUUUCUAAAUAAUUUUUUUAUCUUUCAUGUCACCUUUUUGCACGAGAUAGAUUUUUCGGUCUGAUCCCUUCUAAGGUACAACAUUUUCUGCACGGUGCACAACCUUGUCGCUCUUUCUUCACGCCAGUUCAUCUGCCUCAAAUGAAAUAAACAAAUUAGUUAAAUAAAUCGAAAAAUUCAUAAGCUCUGUGUUUGUUGGAUGAAAUAGGAUUGAAUACCUUUUAUCUGUUCUUCUUUUUUUUUUUCCAAUCCAUUAAUUGAUAGCCAUGGGGGCAGCGAGGAUCAACGGCGGGAUGAUACGACAUCGUCUGUGCCCUAGGGUUCCGCUUGCAGUUCUGCUGUCGUGCUCGAUCAUCCUCGGCUGUUCUCCAGAGGAAUUAUCGCUGAUUAAGGAAAUAGAUUUUGUGGAUAUGGAGUUCUUAGCUUGUGUAUGUAGAAAUAUUCAACGUGCUCUCAUCGUGUUUUGCACGAUUGGAUCAACACAGACCAAUGUGGUUUUUGUAUCAGCUGCAGUUGUUACACUUGAUUCUAUGGUGAUAAUCAAAACCCAUGAGUGGCUUCCAUCAAAACCGUCAGUUUACUUUCAGUGCAAAGGGGAGGAUAAGAUAACUUUACCAGACGUGAAAGAAAAAAAUGUUCCGUAUACCUUCAAAGAGGAAGAAUCUUGGCAGCCCCUGACAGAGUUUAAAGACAAAAAGUGCAAGCGUUGUGGAUUCUAUGAAAAAGAUGCUAUUAAAACGGUAAUAUUUGACGAAUGGGAACUUUGUCCAGCUGAUUUUAAGAGCCCCGGUGGCAAAUAUUUUCAUUUCAAAGCAGGGGAAUUCAAUGCAUCUUUUUUAUGUUCAGAAUGUGUUCCUCAAGGACAAGAAAAUACUGCAGUAGUAAAAAUCGACUCGAAACAGCUGCAUUGGGCGAUAAUCGUAGUUCUCACUAUUGUAGUGUCGACCAUACUUAUUACUGGCUUGGUGAGUGCUUGUAAAUGGUGGCAGAAAAGAAAGAGGCAGCAACAGCAGGCCCGUUUUCUGAAACUGUUUGAAGAAACUGAUGACGUUGAAGACGAGUUAGGUAUCGGCCCUCUUAGUCAUUCGAUUUAGUUUUCAGCUUACGUCUUUCAAAUUUCAUGUGCUUCCAAAAUCUUGAAGCUAUCACAGCUAUAGGGUGACAAUGAUUAUACAAAGAAUAGAAAAAGAUAGGUGCGGAUACUCGAUUUUCACUGACGGGUGUGUUUCAGAUGGUCGAGACCUUUCUCUUUUUGUUUUUUUUUCCCCACACAGAUGAAGUAUAGGAUCUUGAAUAGGUGGUGUAUACAUGUUUGAAGGACUAACUGAGAUAUGUGAUCUUAUAGAAGUUUUUUCCUUACACCAGAAAUUCCAUGCCUGUUAUUUAUGUGUUACUAUUAUGAAGCUCAUGCCAGACAGACUCGUAGAUUCCGUUUGGGUUUAGAAUUUGACUUAGUUUUAAUUUCGUUUUCAAUAUC